AAACAGAAAAGAUCUUUUUUUUUUUUUAUCAGAAACAUAAUUUCAUUGAUAAACAGAAGCGUCAUUGCAAAGGACAGUCAAAAGAGAAACAGGUGGAAUAGACACCCAAUUACAACCUAAAGCAGAGAGGCCCUGGAGGAAGCAAUCCAUUGGGCAGCUUCAUUUCCUUCCCUUGGAGUCCAAGAAAAAGACAACUCCAAAUCUGCACUAAUUUUACGAAUAUCUGUAAUCAAUGCCGACACCUCCCAUGGCGGGACCAAUUCCGAAACACUCGGGACCAAUUCCGAAACACUCAGCGAUAUAAGAUUAGCACAAUCAUUUUCAAACGACGCUUUUCGCAGAUUCAAGGCUUUGACAAAGAGGCAUGCUUCUCUAAGAAUAUAGGCCUUUGCAAGGAAAGCCGAAUUAGCAGAGAAACAAAUAAAUCUCCUACCAUCAAGUAAACAACCUCUAGAAUUCCUGAGGAUAAUGCCCCCCAAACCUUUCUGAGUGAGGCAUCACAGUUGAUCUUGAGAGUUCCAGGAGGAGGGGGCUAACCAGAGCUUGGGAGCUCGGGGAGGCCUGUCGGAAGGAGGGACACGAAUCUGGAUGGCUUCUCUAGCAGCUAUGAAUUCACCCCACGCACCCAAAGCACGAGCCAGCACUACGUGAGGAGACGCAACCUUACCCUGAAAGACCAUCUCAUUCCUGGCGAUCCAGAUAUACCAAGCGAUAAAGAUUGCUAUUGCCAAAAACCAGAUAUACCUUUCGCAGUAAUAGACCAGGAGAGAGCAGAGUUGUUAUUUGGGAAAAAACCACCUGAGAUUGGACUUUUGAACCACGCCUUCUUUCUCUUGUUCUUGAGAUUUUCUCUCUCUACUUCUUGAAUCGAUCUGAUUGAGUAUUGAUCUUGAUACAAUUUCUAUUUCUCUGUAGCCAGUGGCCGACGGACUGGCCGAUAUAACCAAAGGUCUCUCUUUCUCUCUCUGCGCUUAAACCCUAAUUUACCAGAGCUUGUAGAAUGUAGACUAGGGUGAAAAGAAAGUGUGAACUGUGAGAAAACUGAGAGAGAGAGAGUAUUGAAAAUGAUACAGCUAUUCUUCUGGGCGAUACUGGGGGAAAUGGUGGUGAUCCUGAUCCUCCUCUUCAAAACCCCUCUGAGGAACCUCGCGGUCAUGGCGUUGAGCCGCCUGAAGCGAGACGCUGGCCCUCUCGUCGCGAAAACCGUUGCCGGGGUCGUCUUCGUCAUGAUGUCGACCUCCGUCUACAACAUUACCGAAAUCCAUAGCCGUCCCAUCGAGUCCCUCAAUCCCACGGACCAGGUCCUCCUCGGCAGGCAGAUGCUCGAAGCUUCUCUUAUGGGAUUUUUGCUGUUUCUCUCGCUAGUGAUUGAUAGACUACACCAAACCGUGGAGGCUGCAAAGAAGCAAAACCAAGCCAUGGAAGAUGCAAAAAGUGGCAGUUCAGACGAGCUCAAAGUCUUGGGUGAGGAGAUCUCCUCAUUGAAAACAAAGAUCAAGCAGCUGGAAUCUGAAUGUGAAUCAAAAGGGAAAGAGGUGAAGGCUGCAGAAGCCGAUGUAUGAUGGCUUACUGGACGAGAAUCAAACUUCCAAAAUCAGCUGCAGCCAAUUGACCGGAGCUUGUCUCAUUCUGAUAUCAAGAAUGAUUGCAUAAGCUAACAACCAGUUUACUUGUAUUCUGUGAGUGAAACUCUGAAGAUCAGUUCAGAAGUGGCAAAACUGAUUGAAGCAAUAGUUCAGCUUUUAUGCAUUUGGUAAUUUUGGGUAUAGUUUCGGGGAAACAUAUUUGAUUUUAAUGUCAAUCAAUGUGUUCAUAUUCUUCUUCUUCUCUUUUUUUUUUCUAAAAACUUUGAAGAAAAAAGGGUUAUGUUGAGAAAGUGUUCAAAAGAGAAAAUGGUAUUUACUUACGGGUGCCACCAGACCAGGCCUAGCACUAGCGCGACAUGAUAUGGGCCAGCACGGCACAAACAGUAAAGGUGGGCUGACUUGGCCGUCGUUUUGGUUAAGCAACGUGGGCACAUCACUAGCCUGAUAAAGCAAAGAAUGACAUUGUCACGGGGGCACAACUCAAGCUCAUGUAUUUUUUUUUUUCUUGACAUGGUAUCGUAUUACUGUUUAUGUACUACUAUAAAUUAGAUCCAACUCAUCUAUGUAGUAC